CUGAAAGCAGAUCCAGAAGAACUAUUUACAAAACUAGAGAAAAUUGGUAAGGGCUCUUUUGGUGAAGUUUUUAAAGGAAUUGACAAUCGGACUCAGAAAGUGGUUGCUAUAAAAAUUAUCGAUCUAGAAGAAGCAGAAGAUGAAAUAGAAGACAUCCAACAAGAAAUCACUGUGCUGAGUCAGUGUGACAGCCCAUAUGUAACAAAAUAUUAUGGAUCCUAUUUAAAGGAUACAAAGCUAUGGAUAAUAAUGGAAUAUCUUGGCGGAGGCUCUGCCCUUGAUCUUUUAGAACCUGGCUCACUUGAUGAAAUCCAGAUUGCAACAAUAUUAAGGGAGAUACUCAAAGGACUUGAUUACUUGCAUUCAGAAAAGAAAAUCCACAGAGAUAUUAAAGCUGCUAAUGUAUUGCUAUCUGAGCAAGGAGAAGUAAAACUAGCAGAUUUUGGAGUAGCAGGACAACUAACAGAUACACAAAUAAAGAGAAAUACCUUUGUGGGAACCCCAUUUUGGAUGGCACCUGAAGUAAUAAAGCAAUCAGCAUAUGAUUCAAAGGCAGAUAUCUGGUCGUUAGGCAUAACAGCCAUAGAACUUGCAAAAGGAGAGCCACCUCAUUCAGAAUUGCAUCCGAUGAAGGUGUUGUUCCUCAUCCCUAAGAACAAUCCACCAACGCUGGAAGGAAAUUUCAGUAAAUCUCUCAAAGAAUUUGUUGAAGCCUGCUUGAACAAGGACCCAAGCUUUAGACCGACUGCAAAGGAACUGUUAAAACACAAAUUUAUUUUACGAAAUGCAAAGAAAACCUCCUACCUGACUGAGCUUAUUGAUAGGCACAAGAGGUGGAAGUCUGAACAAAGUCACGAUGACUCCAGCUCUGAUGACUCAGAUACUGAGCCAGAUGGUCAGGCUUCUGGAGGGAGUGAUUCAGGAGACUGGAUCUUCACAAUCAGAGAAAAAGAUCCCAAGAGUCUAGAGAAUGGAGCAGCCCAGCCUUUGGAAUUGCAAAGAAAUAAGGAAAAGGAUAUCCCAAAGAGGCCUCUAUCCCAGUGCCUGUCUACAGUUAUAUCCCCUUUGUUUGCAGAGUUGAAAGAGAAAAUUGAGGUGUGUGGUGGCAACAUAGAUUCCAUAGAAGAACUGAGAAAGGCUAUUUAUUUAGCUGAAGAGGCUUGUCCAGGCAUUGCAGAUAACAUGGUGUCACAGCUUGUGCAGAGGCUUCAGAGAUACUCACUAACUGGAGGAGGUACUUCAUCCUACUGAACUAGCAUUUCUGAGUUUUCUAAGACAACGGAGAUCCCAUGGUGUCUACACUGAAGAAGCGCACCCUAGUGUUGUUCUGCCCCUCGGUCACUGGAAUGUCCUUGGGUGGAAGGACAUUCCCAAAUGUGCAAGAGCAAAAAUGAAGUCUCUCAGAUGGAGGCAGUCUUUUUCAGCUCUUUAAAGAUGUAGUUUUUUAAAUGAUAGUGCACAUAUUCCAGGGAGGUGUCUUUUUGUAAAAUUUGAAAUGUAUAUUUAGGUUUGUGAUAGGUAAAUUGAAGAUGUUGAGAAACCUCAGGUAUCUUGCUUUAAGAAUUCCACUGGGAGAUGGGGUAUGUUCUGUUGGAGUUGUGUACAGAUAUGUAUAUAAUGUCUUUUUUAACUGAAAGCCUUUCAACGUGCAUAAGGAAUCACUGUGUACAAAAUGGUAAAGUGCUUCUGUAGAUAAUGUUAGUGGGGUAAAUAUUUGACAGGCCAUAACUGAGUAUUGCCUUGCCUUUACUACAUGUAAAUUUUGAAUUACGUGAUAAGUGAAUUUUGGUUUGAUUUUUGUGUGUGAAGGAUUUGCCAUUGAAAGAUAGAUAAUCCUGUAUUAUGGAACCCUCUGUUUGUACCUCAGCAAACAUACAAUUUUCUUGUGUUUCUCCAAUAUUUCUUCUUUUUUAAUCUAUAUUCUGAGUGUGACUUUCUAAUUAUGGUAUUACUUUUCGUUGUUUUAAAUUUAACACACCUUAUCUCUCAAAGCUUUAAAUUUAAAUUAUUGUUUUUCCAAAAGAAUGAGCUCUUUCAUAUUUUCAGUUUUAAGUUGUGCCAAUGCAAAUUCUGAACCAUAUGUAUUGUUCAGUUUUAGUAGUAGAUAUUUGUGAAACUUGUAGUGAAAUUCAGAUACAGUCUUUUUUUCCAUCUAAACAUGUUUGAAUGCUCAUACAAAUAAAUUUUUACUACCUGCAUUUAUUCUGAAAUAUCUCCUUAAGGUGUUGGCUUUGAGAGAGUAGUAAAUGUUUCUUCAUUAUGCCUAUUUUUAUCAUUAAAAUGAGCUACUCGCAAAAUAAUAGAAAAAUUAUCUGUAUAUUCGGUGUUUGGUCCUGCCAUCUAAAUCUGUGCAACUCUUUAUUGGAAGUGAUAGAAGUUAGGCGGAAUGAUUGCAGAUCUGAGCCUGCAUGGUAUAUGCUGUGUCCUGUAACUUGUCUCCCCAGAGAAAAAUUACUUCUUGAAAAUUCUGAAGCUAAAUUUCCAGGGUUCCUCUGACUGCUUUUCGAUAGCUGAUUAAGGUUUUAAAUUUCCUUGGAAAUAGUAACAUCUGUAUAUGCAGAAUUGGUUAGGUGGUAGUUUUUCACAGUGUUACUCUGUAGUUUGCUUUGGUUUGUUUCACCAAGGCCAUAGUCAGGUGCCUAUUUUUGUGGUAGCCACGAAAGAGACCAUUUUGCCUUGUUUUAAUGAAGCAAAUGAUGACAGUGAAGUAUUUUAUCUGUUUAAAUUUUAAAGAAUAAAAAUUUGGAACUGAAUUUGGAAAUGAAAGAGUUAAAAUAAGUACAGGCAUAUCUACCUGGUUUCGUGCAAAAAGACCCAAGUUCUCUAAGCAUUGUUGAAGCAAGUGAGGUUUCCUUGCAGUACUUUAUGGCACCAUGCUAACCCUUAUAUAUGCAUAUUAAUGCCCUUAAUUAUUAAAUUAAUAAUUAUUAAUACAGUUAUCUAUUAUUAAUUUAAUAAUUUAACAGUGCUAAAGGACACUGUUAUGCUAGCAGAGUUAUGAAACUUUCGACUGGGUUGAACCAAUGGUGGAAAAAGGCUGGGUAUAUGUGCACUCGUUCUUGUAGCCCAGUUCUUAGGCACGUGCCAUUGCCAGCCUCAUGACUUAACAGCCUUCCUUUAUGGCUAAGUGAAUAAAACAAAAAAAAAAAGUGAACAAUGCAUUAAUUCAAGCAUUGGUCUAUAACUCUUGAUUAAUAUCUUUAAGUAUGCAUUGUUUUAUAUGCUUUUGAAAUGUUAAGGAUAGGUUUGCCCUUGAGGAAACAAAUUCAACUCUGCUAUUGUGAAAAGUGCAUCAGAAUACAGUGCAAUGGGAAAUUUACCUUUCAAUAUUAGAACAUUCAGCAACAUGAUAAAGAUGUGCUGUUACAGCAUAUGAAAAUAAGCAGAUGUAUUUGCAUUUAAAAUAUGCAUAGAAUUGUAACCUGGAGUUUCAAGAAUUUCUUGAUCAAAAUUAUGUGAAGUUCUAAGGUAUAUUACUGUUGAAUAAUCAUUUAAAAAUUAUAAAAAUAUAUUUUCAUGUUUUCUUUUGAUUUUAGUUGCAUUCUAGGAUUGUCUGUUGAGGAAGCAUUUCUCCAUUUGAGUGGAUGAUGGUAACAGAAUUUGCUUGGUGGAUGUGUCCCUUCAUUUAGGAGCAUAAAACAAGUAAAACCUGCUGCAAGGCCAAUAGGCUAAAAGGCUUAGGACAUUUAGAAAAAGACAAAACCUCAUUUAUGGUAGAGAUGUGUAUUUUUGUAUGUAACAUAUAGAUUAUUUAAAUAUAGACUAUCUUAAAGUAAUAUUCAUUGAAAAACGUGUGCUGUUUCUUGAAUGUAAAAUUACAAUCAUUUGCUAUGGAAAAGUAUUGAUGCUUUAAAAAUAAGAUCUAUAUUGGUAACAGUGUCAAUUUCUGAAGGAAAAAUAAGUGUAUUGAUAUUUUUAAGAGGUUGUCUCAUGCUAGAGUAUCUGUUACAAUGUUGCACUGAUGAUUUUUCUGUGCAGGUAAUACAUCUUCACUCAGUCUUAAAUAUGACAUGUUAUCCCUACUUAUGCAAACAUUUGAAUUAGUGGAACUGCGUACUUGUCAGGGGUUUCAAGAUUAGGCAGUGAAUAAACUCACUCUGUUUAAAAAAAAAACAAAAAAAAACAAAAAAAAAACCCUAGUCAUUUGAACUGAAAGCUUGGUUUUUGUACGUAUCAGAUGUGUACUCUAUUUUUUUAACUUAAUUUUCCUUGCAGUUGCACUUUUGUAGUUGAUCACCAGUUUAGUAAAGUAUGAAGGCAUGAUCAUUACAGCACAGAAUGCUUUUGGUAAAAUAACAGAGCCGUUCUUUCUCUGAAAUGCCACGGUUUCUUUGCAGCUCUGAAAAUUUUGUCGGUAUGGGUAUGGACAGAUGAACAAUUACUGUGGAAUGAUUUAACUGAGGGAUAAGCAACUCUACUUUCACUGUGGGAGAAGGGUGACUGGAAGGGUAAGAUGAGAAUAUGCACAUUGGCACUUAACUGCACAGUAGCUGGCACGCUGUAGGUUCACAUCCUGGUUUAUCCACUAUAACUUGUUCAUCUGGCUGUGCUUUUAAUGUACUUGUGAAAUGUUUGGUCUUACUCUCUUCUGUGGCUUUUUUUUUCUUUUUUAAACAUAUGGUACUGUUUUGUAACAGGUUUACAUUAGCCUUACGUUUAAGGAAACGUAUGUUUGCCUUCAGAAAUAUCACUAUUGGAAAAUUGUCAGAAGUGUUAAUAAGCACAGGUAUAAUGCAAGGAUCAGAACAAUCAUAAAUUAUUUUUGUAAUUUGCUGGGGAGGAGCUUAAAAGUAUAGCACAAAUCUGCAAGCUUGCUCUUUUUAACUGUGUUUUGCAGAUGUGCUAGUAAUUGCACUGAGCAUAUGCAAUAGACAUAUACAAUGGGGUUUCUGCCUUCUUUUUAAGCAUGAUUACAGAGGACAAUUAGAGUGUAUACCUUGUUUUCUGUAAUAUUGCUGCCUGUUUAUAAACAUGUAUUUAAAUUUUACUUUUGUCACUCUACACCAACAUAAUAAACUCCGUGUAAACUACAUGGCCUAGAAAUAAAGACGGAGAAGUUAAAUGAAA